CAGGUGUUCCAAUCCCCUCCAUAUCAUGUGAUUCAGGUGUUCCAAUCCCCUCCAUAUCAUGUGAUUCAGGCGUUCCAAUCCCCUCCAUAUCAUGUGAUUCAGGUGUUCCAAUCCCCUCCAUGGACACAGGUGUAUACAAUCAAGCCAGAAAUCCUGCUGAAUGAUAGGGGAUCAAAUCCUUCUUUCCCUCAUGAACAUGCAGAUCAGUCAUCAUUUGUUAGACGCAUUUCUGCUGAGUUUGUUGUUGCUAUUCUGUCUCUCAGUGUUACAAUACACCAAACA